AUGUCCAAGUCAACUCUCCUUAAGGUCAUCCUGCUGGGCGACGGCGGCGUGGGCAAGUCCUCUCUCAUGAACCGCUACGUCACCAACAAAUUUGACUCGCAUCUCUUUCACACCAUCGGCGUGGAGUUUCUCAACAAGGAGCUGGAGGUGGACGGGCACCACGUCACCCUGCAGAUCUGGGACACCGCCGGCCAGGAGCGCUUCCGCAGCCUCCGCACGCCAUUCUACCGCGGCUCCGACUGCUGCCUGCUCACCUUCAGCCUGGACGACGGCCAGAGCUUCCACAAUCUGGCCAACUGGAAGAAGGAGUUCAGUUAUUACGCCGACCUCAAGGAGCCCGACAGCUUCCCCUUCGUGGUGCUGGGCAACAAACUGGACGUCCCCGAGCGGCAGGUGUCGGGCGAGGAUGCCCGGCAGUGGUGUCGCGAAAACGGCGGGCACCCGUACUUCGAGACCAGUGCCAAGGACGCUACCAACGUAGCGUCGGCCUUCGAGGAGGCGGUGCGGCGCAUACUGGCAUCGGACGACAGAGACGAUCACCUCAUCCACACAAACACAGUCGACCUGCAGAGGAAGACUCACCCCACCUCCAGCUGCUGCUGA